GACAUAUUAUUAUUGAUCUUCUGAUGACGAUCGGCAUCCGCACAUCUAAUCGCACCUUUUAAUAAUUCUUUUAUUUUUUAAGGGAAAUAUUCCACGUUGCAUAGAGUGACAGUGGGUGCGGUGACCAACAAGAACCUACUCUGGGCCCCACCACACUUUGGCCCUUACUUGUCCAUUCCAGCGUGUCAACCAAUUAUAAGUGGGCCACGAAGAAGUUGGGUAAUUAUUUGGGUUAAAUCAAAUCGUACUCGCCGGUCCACGCCAGUUUCCAUCUACUCGUGGAAGGUAACGGACGAGGAGAUAAGAUUUUUAAUUUCCUACCCCGCCUCUCCCGCCCCUGCCAUUAAUUUCUAUUUAUUUAUUUCCGAAUAAUUUCUUCCUGCCUCGGCGAUCGUAAACAGAGGUUCUUCCGAAGAGAAAAAGACAAAUCGAAGAACAGUAGAUGUUGCUUCUGGUAAUAAUCCCGAUACCUUCUCUGCUGCCUUCCACAGUUGUGGAGAUGAAUGAUGGCAUUAAAUGCUGCUUAAGCGAGUGAAACCCGGCAUGAAGUACUAGCUGGAUGCGUUUCGUCGAUUUCUUCUCGAUUUGAUAUAAUAAGUGAUUUUCUUUUUCUCCACUAUUUGCCGUUUUCCAGAUAUCGGCAAUCAUCGUUUGGAUAUAGUCCGUAGGAUCUUUUCUUCUCCGUGCUGAAGUAUGCAAAAAUCUGCAGAAAUGACGAAAGUAAAAGAAAGGUAUUCGCGUUUUAAUUUAACUGAGGUAGCGUGAGCUUGCGGACUUCUCUUUCUUGAUUGUGGAAUUUUCUUUUGAAGGCAAAGGUUUGAAGAUUGAGGGUAUGAGGUUUUGCACUCUGGAAUCUCCACGUAGCUGUUGUUCGCGGUGAAAGAACGAUCUAGGGCUGGAGAUGAUUGUUCGGAUUUGGUUCUCCGGUAUUCUCCUGCUCUGGUUUGCUCUUAGCUCUGUUGGAUUCACAGAGCCUGUGGAUGACAAGCGAGCGCUACUCGAAUUCCAAUCAAAGAUCGGUCAUGGAUUCGCGCUUAAUUGGAAGGAGGAAACCUCCAUGUGCGAGAACUGGAAGGGAGUGAUAUGUGAUCUGGAACGUUCUCGCGUCGUCGAGCUUCGGCUUCCCGGGAUCGGAUUCGAUGGAGAAAUCCCUCCCAAUACCCUCAGCCGCCUCUCCGCUCUGCACAUCCUUAGUCUCCGAUCCAACGGCCUCACCGGCCCCUUCCCCUCUGCUUUGUACAACCUCAGUGCCUUAACGGAGAUUCACCUCCAGCUCAAUAACUUAUCUGGCCCCCUGCCUUUGGAUUUCUUUGAGUGGAAGAAUCUUACGGUGUUGGAUCUUUCCUAUAAUAGCUUCAAUGGGAGCAUCCCUCCUUCCAUCAGCAAUCUCACUCAACUCACGGCUUUAAACCUCUCAAACAACUCCCUGUCUGGUCAUAUUCCUGAUCUCCUGCUCCCAAAUCUUCUAUUUUUCAAUAUCUCUAACAAUCAUAUCAAUGGUAGCAUACCCGUGUCCCUUCGGAGGUUUCCGGAUUCGUCAUUCUAUGGGAACGAAAUUCACCCCGUUGCUCCAGCAUCAUCUUCCCCCUUCCCAUCGCAGUUGACUCCUGAUGUUUCAAGAAGGAAGAUUAGUGAAUCGGCGCUUCUUGGAAUCAUAAUUGGUUGUUCUUCCGCGGUGUUUGUGGUUGUGGCCAUCGUUCUUGUGAUUUGUUAUUCUCGAAAUAUAGAUGGGACUACUGUGACCAUGGGGAAGGAAUCUAAGGGCGAUGUGUCACCGGAAAAGACUGGUGGAGGAAAUUCUGAUGAGUGCAAGCAGCUCGUGUUCUUUGAUGGCACUUCCUCUGCGUUUGAUUUGGAGGAUUUGUUGAAGGCAUCAGCUGAGGUGCUUGGGAAGGGGACUUAUGGGACGGUGUAUAAGGCAGUUUUGGAGGAUGCUACAACUGUGGUGGUGAAGAGGCUGAAGGAUGUUGCAGUUACAAAGAGGGAGCUUGAACAAUUAAUGGAGGUGGUUGGGAGGAUCCGUCACGAGAAUGUUGUGGAUUUGAAGGCUUAUUAUUACUCAAAGGAUGAGAAGCUUGUUGUCUAUGAGUACUAUAGCCAGGGGAGCGUUUACUCUAUGCUUCAUGGAAGGCGAAAUGAAGGCUGGACGGCACUAGACUGGGAAAGCAGGCUGCAGAUAGCCCUCGGAGCCGCAAGAGGAAUAUCACACAUCCAUCAGGAGCACGGCGGCAAGCUCGUCCAUGGAAACAUAAAAUCUACCAACAUCUUCCUCAACAACCGCAACUACGGCUGCAUAUCCGACCUCGGUCUCGCCGCCAUAGUAAGCCCCACAAUCCCUCAAUCGCCUCGCAUCGCCGGAUACCGCGCUCCCGAGCUUCUCGAUGUGAGAAAAGCCUCGCAAGCCUCUGAUGUCUAUAGCUUCGGAGUUCUCAUUCUCGAGCUCCUCACCGGCAAGUCUCCAAUCCAAAUAACCGCUAGCGGUGGCGAGAUGCUUCACCUUGUCCGAUGGGUUCAAUCUGUGGUUCGAGAGGAGUGGACGGCGGAGGUGUUCGAUCCGCGGCUGAUGAGAUAUCCUAACAUAGAGGAAGAGUUGGUCGAGAUGCUCCAGAUUGCCAUGGCUUGCGUUGCAAAGAUGCCUGAACAGAGGCCAAACAUGGCCGAGGUUGCGAGAAUGAUCGAGUAUGUGAGAAAGUUUGAUAGCAGCAAUCGGCCAUCGCUGGAAGUAAGGUCAGAAGAAUCCAAGAGCUUGACGCCUACACUGCUACAGACUACUCCAGACUUAGAAUCCCCUAUGCAGUGAGAGAUCUCAUCUUGGUAAGGGAUUUUUACAUACGUAACAUCUAAAACUAUUGAAAAUACAUAUUUAACACCUAAACUUCUAUAUUUAUUUAUAUACCAUCUUAAACUUUGAUUUUUACAAUUCUAACAUUCUGUUCGUCAAAAAUCACUAUGAGCGACUGUCUUCCCUGUCAAUGACAUACUUUCACUGUGAAUACAAGUAUCUCAUAGAGAAAGGAGGAUUUUAGGUGGUAUAUUGAUAAAUAUAGAAGUUUAAGUGUUAAAUAUGUAUUUUCAAUAGUUUUAGAUGUUAUGUAUGUAAAAAUUCCAAUGAAGUAUUGUGAAAUAUUGUGAUUUGUUUCAGCAUUCUUGUUUGUGCCCUGCUGGUAGAAAGAGUGGCAAGAGCUUUCAAUAAAUCUGGCCAGUUUUGAACUGAUUGAUCUCAUGCUGGUCAGGGUGGCAAGUAGCAUUUAUCC